CGCCGCGGCGGGGCUCGGCUCAUCUCCGCCACACCAUCUCAUCCGGUCCACCGGGUCUCCUCCUGCGGUGCCGUGCCCCAAAAAAUGGCGCCAACCCCUCCCCAAUCUCCCGCCGCACCCCUCCCCCGCUAUUUCCCCUCCGCGCCCCAGCCCUAGCCGCGCCGGGGCAAACCCUAACCCCAUGUCCUCCUCCUCCUCGCUGCCCGCCAAGCCGCCCCCGCCGCCGCGCCCCAAGACGCGGGGCAGCUACAACUGCGGCCGAUGCGGCCAGCCCAAGAAGGGCCACGUCUGCAACCUCCCCUCCCCGGCCGCCGCCGACGGCGCCGCGCCCCCCUCCCCCUCGCCCUCCUCCUCCGGCGGGGACACCCGCCUCCGCCGCGCCCUCUCCUUCGACGAGCCCUCCUCCCCCGAGAAGAAGCCCAGGCCCGACCAUGACGGCCGCACCAUGGAGCUGGGCGGGAGGGCCGUGCCGGUCGACCUCGUCGUCGAGGUCCUGCGCCGGCUCGGCCCCAGGGGCGUCCUCGACGCCGCCGCCGUCAGCCGCGCCUGGCGCGACUGCGCCGACCGGGUCUGGCGCGUCGCCGAGGAGCUCCGCCUCCGCCCGGCCGCCGCCGGCCUCCUCGGCGCGCUGCUCCCCCGGUGCGCCGCGCUCUCGCGCCUCGUCCUCCACAUGGAAAGUGAUGUUGAUGCCACCAUGCUGUCAUGUCUUGCAUUUUCCUGUCCAAGUUUGGAAACUCUGGAGAUCACCAUGGCCGACAAGGCAAUCAACAAUAUGACUGGAGAGGAGCUAAGUCGACUUGUUUCAGAGAAGCAUUCUCUCUCAAUCCUCAAAAUCGGUGGUUGCUCUAAUCUUGGUUUUCUUAAUCUAAGCUCUUCAAGCCUUAAUGUCCUUUGGCUAUCAGAUCUUUGCUCCCUUUCGGAAUCGGUCAUAAGCUGCCCUAAUAUGAGCGAGCUCUCCCUGUGUUUCACACAACAAAGUACUGAAUGUACUGACCUGGUUAGUUUGAUGGAUGGCCUGGGCCGAUCGUGCCCUAACUUAAGAAAUUUGCACAUAUCAUCAAUUCAACUAUCUAAUGAAGCUGUGUCGGCUCUAGAGGGUGCCAACCUCAGGGGCUUGUGCAUGCUAUCCUUGAUUCUCGGUUCAAAAAUGACAGAUGCAGCUGUUGCAUCUAUCGUCAGAUCUUGUGCAAGCUUGGCAUUGCUUGAUUUAAGUGGAUCUAGCAUCAGUGAUAGUGGUGUUGGUAUGAUCUGCAAGGCGUUCCCUCAUACUUUAUCGAGGCUGCUCCUUGCUCUCUGCCCAAAUAUUACUACAUGUGGGAUCCAGGCCGCAACAGCACAAUUGCCACUUCUUCAGCUCAUGGACUGUGGAAUGAGCUUACGUUCUAACUUGCAGAAUGAAAAACAGGGGGCUUAUUUUGGUGAGAUCAAUGGAAGGAUUAGAUUGUGCCCAAAAUUACCCACCUUAAAAAAGCAACCUAUGCGCCAAAAGCUAAUCAUAAAGCAUGAUAAUUUGAAGAAGCUCAGUCUAUGGGGCUGUUCAGCAAUAGAUGCUUUGUAUGUGAAAUGCCCAGAGUUGAUUGAUCUGAACCUCAACACUUGUACAAAUCUACACCCAGAGCGGCUGCUACUUCAGUGCCCAAAUCUGAAGAAUGUACAUGCAUUUGGAUGCCAAGAUAUGUUGAUUGGUGCAAUAAAAAACCAGAAACUGAUAAACAGAAAGAAUCUAAUGAAGCAAUGUGUAUCAACUGGAGUCUAGGAAGGAGUAAGCAGUGGAGCUGAAGGUGUAUCAGGCCGUUCUGAAUGAGUUCGCUGCAGCUGAACCACAUCUUCCAUGCAAGCGGCUAGCAGAUGGUUCGAAGCGGGUUCAACUGUCACAGUUCCCACAAGAGCAGUUACCGGAGGACAAAAUAUGGAUUGGAUUCAAGCGGUCGGAGUGCAUUGUUCAUCUUGAUUCUUGAUUAAUAAUAACAAUCACAUAACCAUAGCUAGAGAACCGCUCAUUGUGCGCACUCUGAUUUGUGAAAUUAGACAAUUGGCGAGUAUUUAUUUAUUUGUUUUGUGCACCUCCAAACCCAUAAUAUGUAAUGUGCCUGUUGUAUAAGCUGCUACAUGGAAGUGAAACUUGCAUCAACUGGUUUUGGGUUUC